CAGAUGGCAGUCAGCGGCUCGAAUCGAUCGGUACAACUUACGCUUUCCUUCGAGUUGUUGGAAAUGUGGUAGAUUCUAGUUUUCGGAGUUUCUUUUCGCAUUUCUUUCUCUAAGGGCGUGUUGGAAGGAUCAUUCUCAAUCCCAAGCGCGUUGUACGUAUUGUGAAUGCAUCACAUGAUAAAAGUGUGAGGACGACUGAAUCCAAGUACAGCCAGGUCAAGCAGUCAUUUGCGAGUAGACGAGUAGCCCUGGCAAAUUCUUGGUUAAUUAAGUUUUGAUGUAUCAAAAUUUAAACAAGGAAAGCAGUCAGAGGUGCAUGCAGACCUCCAUCAAGACAAAAAGCUGUCUAAUAGUAAACAGUUAAUUAAUAAAUAAAUUGGUUAAAGGAUAUCAUCACCAAAUCAGUCAGUAUCAUAUCUGGCCUAUCCUGAAAAUUUCAUCAAAAUUAGUGGCAUAUGCUGAUGACAAGUAUAAGGUAAAAUACAUGCAUACAGAGGGAACAGAAACCAGUCAUGUCACAAAUAUUUGAAGAAAAUGGAGUAAAAAUUGCUGUGAAUAAAAAUCACGCCACUCCAGAGAAGACUGACACUUUCUACAACCCACGCAUGACCAUAUGCAGGGAAAUUUCUUUGUCUGUUUUGAGUGCCUUCUGCUCAGAGUUAGAAGAUAAGACACCAGAGUGCCUAGACGCAUUUUCAGCUACUGGCAUAUCUGGACUACAGUGGAAGAAACACCUCGGACACAAGAUCAAGGUCACAGUGAAUGACGCCAAUGCUGACGCAGUACAGAAUAUCAAAGACAAUUGUGCCUUGAAUGGAGUUGAAUUUCACCAGAAUGUAGAAAUCAAACCAGGGAAUGACCAGAAUGGAGGACCAGAUGUUAUUGAUAGUGGGGAAAAGCAAGAAGACCUUAGUAAAGUGGAGGUUUUUCAAGCAGAUGCCAAUGUUUUGUUAUACUUAAGGAGUUUUGAUUUUGUAAAUCUGGAUCCAUAUGGAUGUGCAGUGCAUUUUCUCGAGUCAGCUUUUCGCAACACUCGGAAUGGAGGGAUCAUCGUCAUAACCUCUACCGAUGUAGCGUCACUGUAUGGGAAGUGCAGCCAUGUUGGACUGAGGAAUUAUGGGGCAUAUGUUGUGAAGACAGACUACAUGAAGGAAAUGGCUGCAAGGAUGGUGUUGGGGGCUGCUGCAAGAUGUGCCACAAGAUGUAACAAGGGGUUUGAGGUCUUGGUCUCCAUUGCCGUGGAACAUUUUGUACUGGUGGCAGUAAGGAUAUGUCGUGGCCCGAAAUACGCAGAUGCAAUAGUUCCCCUGGUCCAGCGAGUUCUUCACUGCCAGAUAUGUGAAGAGAGGGUCUUCUAUCCCCCGGCUCACACACCUGUAGAGGCCCCGUACACCCUGCUUGCAUGUGACUGUACACAGAAGUAUCCUGGGAAGACAGCAUUGGACCUAGGUCCCGUGUGGAUUGGUAAGAUCUUCUCCUGCACGUUCAUCAGUAAAAUGCUCAAGUCUGCGAGGAAUCUGAAGCUGAGUUCUAGACUUUGCUCUUUGUUAGAGACAGUGCAUUGUGAGGCUUCGUGUCCAGAUCUAGUGACACCAAGAACAUUAACUAACCACUCACAUCCAGAGAUUACAGAUGAAAUGAGAGGAAAAGAAAGUGGCCUCUAUGAAGGUGGACAAAAUGAGAGUCUCAUAGAAAAAACACAUAACCAGACCCAGGGAUGUGUUAAUAUAAGUGAACUAGAGGAUGCUCCAAUUACCAGUAACUUUGAAAAUGUGGAAACAACAAAGGGUGUAACAAAUAUAAGUCAGGGAGAAACAUCUUCAUCUCUGAAGAGAAAAUCUGAGGCUUUAGAGUCACCAGAGGGAGGCACGGUGGCCAAGAAGAGAAAACCUCAAACCUUGAGUGUUGAGGACCCAGUCCCUUUCUAUUACAGUGUUCACAGACACAGGAUCAAAGGGGUGGAUUUGCCAAAAGCCCCCAAACUAGUCAAAUUCCUCCAGUCGGAGGGAUAUUGUGCCAGUCGAACCCAUUUCGAUCCAACUGCUGUGAAAACUUCUGCCAAUCUUUCACAGUUGAAGGCAGUGUUAUUAAAACAUUGCAAGACUGUUGAUACCACCUGACCAAAUUUUGUUUGAUGUCGAGCUAUUAGCCAGUAGACAGAUGCCUCAAAAUCACAAAUUGUCAAUUUUUUAAAAAUGAACAAAAUGCAUUACAGAAACUGGACUUAAUUAAGGAAGUUUCUUAUAUAAGAGAAGAGGUUUUUUCACAUAUUGGCACAAUAAACAUAAUAUGGAAAUUGACUUAGGUCGCAUUCACAACAGAUGAUCUUUAGAUCUACUGGUCCGAGGAUAAAAUAUUGCAGACCCUACUUGAAAACAAGACCUUCUAAUCCCUUAGUCUCUAUAUAUUUGCCUUCCCUGCAGGGACCUAGCAAUUAAACCAUGAAGUGAAGUGGAUAUUUAAUCCAUGUGGAGGCGAAGAGACCAUAAAAGGAUUAGGCGAUCUUGCUUUCAUGUGGGGUCCGCCAUGUUUGAUCCGCAGGUCAGUAGAUUCGAGGAUCAUCUGUUCUGAAUGUAACCUUAGGUGCCCAGACUGUUUUUCUUUCAAUAUUAAUACAAAAACUCUGAGCCAGUUUCAAAUUUUGUAUGUUGUGAUUUUGCAAUAUUAAUUUGAUAAUUUUUUCAUCUGCUUUAUUGAGCAAAGAAUAUAUAUUUUAAUAUACUAGCCACAGUCUCGAGAUAAAAUGUUUUACCCCUAAUUACAGUGCUUUGUGCAAUUUGGAGAAGUUCAUAUUAGUUUAUUGUAAAAUUAUGCUGUUUCACACACUUGUAAUAUUGUACGAGCUCAGUUAUAGAACAUAAAAUUUACUUUGAAAUUAAGAUCAAAAUGAUGUAUCUGAGCCAUAU